CGACUACCGUUCACCAUGAAGUCUCCGUCAGCUUUCGAGUUGGUGAUCUUGAGCUGUCUACUGCUCGGCAGCUCGCAAGCUGUUCCACUUGAAUCUCAACGCCAAUCCAGCGAAGACUACUGGUUCAACAAUGCCCAGCAAACGAUCGACAACAUCGUGCGCCAGCGGGAAAAUCGGAACAUUGCUAAAAACGUAAUCCUUUUCAUGGGUGACGGAAUGUCCGUUGCAACGGUGGCCAUGACCCGUGCCUAUGCUGGGGGUGAGGACACAAAGCUGGCCUUCGAGAAUUUCCCCUUCAUUGGAAUGUCAAAGACUUACUGCGUGAACAAACAGGUUCCCGAUUCGGCUUGUUCAGCGACGGCGUACUUGACCGGAGUGAAAGGUAACUACGAAACGAUCGGAGUCAACGGGAAGAUUCCCAGCUACCAUUGUACGGCGGAACUGGACGAGUCAACGCACACGUUUUCGAUUGCCCAAUGGGCGAUGGAUGCCGGCAAGGAUGCGGGACUGGUGACUACCACGAGAGUAACGCAUGCUUCACCAGCGGGAGUUUAUGCGCAUACUUCCAAUCGGGAUCGUGAAAAUGAUAACGAGGUGUCCAAGGACGGAUGUGAUCCGAAAGUAACGUUGGAUAUUGCCCACCAGUUGAUUUAUGGAAAGACUGGUCAAGGCUUAAAGGUCGUUUUGGGAUGUGGCCGGCGUGAGUUUAUGCACAAGUUUAAGGAUCCGGAGACUGGAAAAAACGGAAAGAGGAAGGACAGCAGGAAUCUGAUUGACGAGUGGUUAAAUCUGGCAAAGCAGGGAGAGAACCGGUCGUACGUGUGGAAUCGCGAUGAUCUGCUGGGGGUGGACCCCAAGAAAACCGAUAAGUUGUUAGGAAUGUUUGAUCCCAAUCAUUGCGUGUACAAUUUGGAACGAAUCCAGGAGAAGAUGGAUCAAGAACCGACGCUCGCCGAAAUGGUUGACAAGGCUACGGAUGUGCUGAGCAGCAGUGGUAAGGGAUUCUUUUUGUUCGUCGAGGGAGGUAGAAUCGAUCAUGCCCACCAUCGGAAUUGGGCAAGGCUUUCGUUGGAUGAAACGGUGGAAUUCUCGAAGGCGGUUGAGCUCGUUCGGCGCAAGUUCAGUGAAGAGGAUACCCUCGUUGUGGUCACCUCGGAUCACUCGCAUGCCGUUACGUACUCUGGAUAUUCGGAUCGUGGUCAGGACAUCCUGGGAGCGCACAACAUUGGCAACGACGGCCUUCCGUACAAAACGGUCAGCUAUGCCAACGGUCUUGGGUUCUACGACCAUGUCAGUCCUUCGGAAGGAGGUCGAGUGAACAUUGAUGACCAAGACACCACGUGGCGUGAGUUCCGCUAUCCGGGAACGCUUCCACUCGAGUCGGAAACGCACAGCGGCGAUGACGUAGCCGUUUACGCUUCCGGUCCGUGGGCCCACCUGUUCAAGGGAACCUACGAACAGAACACGAUCCCGCACAUGUUGGCAUACGCGUCGUGCAUCGGCGAUGGCUUGAAGGCUUGCUAG